AUGCAUAUCUACCGGCGCCAGGCGCGCAACUUGGCAUGGUACGACGAGGAAGAUGGAGAACCCUCGCACAACCCAUUCAAGAAAUUCCGCAGACGCCCACAACGCCGAGGCUCCAUCCAACUGGAGUCUCAGACACGCAGUAUGGGCGAUCUCUCCCUACCUAUAGAUCAACACCAGCAGCAGGAGUUCAGUGCACCCGCAUACGCAAAGACUUUCCCGCCAGGCACAGCCCCACCAGGAACGGCCAGUAGUGAUCACUUCACGGCGGCUAGCGCUGAGCGCAACGAGCCGUCCAUUGCUAGCCAGAACCCUAUCAACGUUACAUCAGACCGGGGAUUUGACCCAGAGGUGGAAGAGGGGAACGGCAAGGCUAGACAAAGAAAGGGUAUUCUCGAUCAUCUUCAUCGUGGAUCGACAGAAGAUGAACUCAAGGACGAUGAGGAUGUCAAGCCUGGGCCUAAAUUCACGCUGGCGUCGCAACUGAGGGCUACCAUCUUCAAUUCCUGGAUCAACGUCCUCUUCAUUGCGGCGCCCGUUGGUAUUGGCUUGUAUGCUGCCAAUAUGAACCCGAUUGCUAUUUUCGUGGUCAACUUCAUUGCUAUCAUUCCUUUGGCUGCUAUGCUCAGUUUCGCAACCGAGGAGAUUGCUCUGCGUACCGGCGAAACAAUCGGUGGCCUUUUGAACGCUACCUUCGGUAAUGCCGUCGAGUUGAUCGUUGCCAUCAUUGCGCUGGUGAAGAAGGAAGUUGUUAUUGUUCAAACUUCUCUCAUCGGCAGUAUGUUGUCGAAUCUGCUGCUUGUCAUGGGCAUGUGUUUCUUCUUCGGCGGUAUCAACCGCAUGGAACAACAUUUCAACGUCACCGUGGCCCAGACAGCCGCCAGUAUCCUCGCAAUCGCCGUCGCAGCUUUAAUUAUUCCUACUGCUUUCAGCUGGUCUGACGAUUCCAAAGGCCACGCAGACAAAGUCGCACCUCUCUCCCGAGGCACCAGCAUCCUCCUCCUCAUCGUCUACGGCUGCUACCUCUUUUUCCAAUUGAAGUCCCACGUGGAGAUCUACAACCGUCCCAGCCCGAAGGUCGAGAAACGACGCCAAAAGAUUACCGAAGGCGAUACUACCCGCAACCUUGCACAGAUCGGCAAGAUGACCGCCGGCACCUUAGGCGGCGAACAAGCGCAGCAAAUGCAGAUGCAAGAUCCAGACGAUGAGCCCGAGCAGCCCCAGUUGAUGAUUUGGGUUGCGGCGCUUACACUUGUGAUUUCCACUGCCCUAGUUGGUGUCUGUGCCGAAUUCAUGGUCGACUCCAUUAGCGCCUUGACAGCUACCGGUAGUAUAGGCGAGACCUUCGUCGGUCUGGUCCUUCUACCCAUCGUUGGUAAUGCAGCGGAACACGCCACAGCAGUCACAGUCGCUUGUAAGGAUAAGAUGGAUCUCGCUAUCGGUGUGGCCGUCGGAUCGAGUAUGCAGAUUGCUCUACUCGUGUUACCGUUGGUUGUUAUCAUCGGAUGGUGCAUGGGCCUUGACGACAUGACCCUCGCGUUCGACAACUUCCAAGUCGUUUUACUUUUCGUCGCUGUUCUCCUGGUCAAUUACCUUAUCGCAGAUGGCAAGUCUCACUGGCUUGAGGGUGUCUUGCUUAUGACCAUGUAUUUGCUUAUUGCACUCGCUGCUUGGUUCUACUAG